AAACAGUGACAUUUCCGUUGACUUUGAAUCGAUCAACGUGCAUGAUGCAUUUUACGACUCCAUUAAAAUUGCAGAAAUGUUAGGGCUUUAUAUCCCUGUUCGUAAAACAAGCAAGUUCCAACCACUACGAAUUCUGAGAAAGCAGCAUACAAAGAUGUCGAGCUCAAAAUCAAGCACCUCAAACCCAAGCUCUGCUUUUUCCUCUGGAAUUUCCCACCACGGCUCAUCUUCCAAUUCUUCUUUGGGAAGGCCAAGCAGUGACGCCUCCAUUCCAAAUCCCACACGUCAAUCAAAGUUUUCUAUUUCUUCAAACUCCAACAACGUCUCUGCUCAACAACAAAUGUCAACACCGCCAAAUUUUCACUCCAACAACGUCUUUGUUAAUAAACCACAAAGACCAAUACGGUUCCCUUUGCCUUACCGAAACGUCUUUGCACAAAAAUCAACCACAGUGCCAAGUUCUUACCCUAUCAUCUCUACUGGACAACAAUUAAGUGAACUGCAACGGACUCUUCAUGUUGGCGAGGUGUUUCAGCAAAUUCCUCUACAUAAUGAAAUUAGUCCGUUUGUUCCUGAGAGGUCGUGGACACAUAGACAAUUUUCCAGUAGACUCUCAGAGGUAAAACCCGAGAAAGGAUCAUGGCCUUCUAAUGAUGCAUUCCAAACAAAUAUGGAUGAUAAAGAUAUCAAUAUUGCACAACGUUGGGUGGAUCGCAUGGGUGAAAAAAACAAAGGACGAUUAUAUGAGAUAGGACAACUUGAUGCCCAAUACACCGCUGAAGCUGCUGAAGGUUCAUUGAAGCAUCAACCAUUUACAUCCAACAGUGCUUACCAGAGUUGUGAUGAAUUGAUAGCGUUAAGUUCUGAUUCCAUCAUUCCAAAUGAUCUAGAACUAAGAGGAAGAUGGGUGCGCUCGGUCAUAUCAAGAGCAAAUCCUUCAACUUCACAACUCUAACAACUCAGGUCAACAACAGAUGACAGUGUCAAGUUCUGAUUCCAACAUUUGCCUGCAUUCUUACGUGUUUAAAUGAGAUAUUGUUUUAUACUUGGACAUGUGAUUUAACUUCCUCGGACUAACCUAAUGA